AGGUGGACCAGUGGUGCGCGGACUACGAGGCGAAGAUCCGGGCCAUGGGCGGCAUCGGCUUCUUCAUGGGGGGCAUCGGUCCGGACGGGCACGUGGCCUUCAACUGCCAGGGCUGUGACCACUUCGCCACCACGCGGCUGGACCAGCUGAACUACGCCUCCCAGGCGGCAGCGGCAGGAGACUUGGGCGGCAUUGAGGCGGUGAGGAAGCGCAAGGUGAUCACGAUCGGCCUGGGGACGGUGACUUACAACCCCGCUUGUGUGGCGCUGAUCUGCGCAGCAGGGGAAGCCAAGGCCCAGGUGGUAAGAAACGCGGUGGAAGAGAAGCCCCACGUGAACUUCCCCGCCACGGCCUUGCACAAACUCCCUGCCGCCGCCUUCUUCGUGACCCAGGGCGCUGCCAAGCUGUUGGUGCGCCGCCAGCUGGCCAUGCUGCAAACGAAGGCCAUCGACGCGCCAGUCAUCGAGCGGGUGCUGGUGAGCCUCUGCUGCACGCUGCGGAAACGGCUGCUGGACCUCAACGAGGCGGACCUGGCUGCGUGCCCUUUGGCCAGCUGCGCAGUGCAGCGCUCGGGCCGAGCUUUAGCGGAGCUGGCAGGCCAGGUGCGCCAGUCUUUGAUCCAGAAGAUCGAGCGCGGAUCCCAGGUCAGGGAGAAGGCGAAGUUUCUGCACACCGAGCCGCACCAUGAUGACAUCAUGCUGGGAUAUCUGCCGGCAGUGCUGCGGCAUACCCGGGUGCCCUCCAACGAGCAUCACUUUGUGUGCGCCACCAGCGGCUUCAACUCCGUGUCCAACAAUCACAUGCUGAUGCUCUUAGACCGGGUGGAGCGCUUUGUGACGUCUCCCACCUUCAAUCGCCUGUGCUCGGAGAAGUACUUCGCGGAGUCCUCGCUGGACCACCGCAGGCGCGACGUUUGGAAGUUUUUGGAUGGCAUCGCUGCAGCAGACGAUGAGCUCAGAGAUGAAGGAGCUGCCCGCAGACUGGUUUACAACCUUUGCCAGAUUUAUCAGCUGCCUGCCGCUUAUGGCAAUGCAUCCCAGCUGCUGGCGAAAGUGGGGGAGCUCCGAACGUACCUCAGGCAACGGUAUGCGGGGGAGAAAGACGUGACGGACAUGCAAACUUUGAAAGGGUCCUGCAGAGAGUUCGAGGCAGAAUGCGUGUGGGGCUACAUUGGCUGGCAACUGCCGAACAUCUCCCACUUACGAUUAGGCUUCUACACGGCCGACAUCUUCGCACCGGAGCCUACGCAGCAAAGGGACGUGAUCCCAGUGCUGGAUUUGCUGCGGAAGGUGCAGCCGGAUGUGGUGACUGUGGCUUUGGACCCUGAGGCCUCGGGCCCGGACACCCACUACAAGGUGCUGCAGGCAGCCACGGCGGCUCUGUCACAGUACUCGGAGGAGACAAAGCGGGAGGAUAUUACGGUGUGGGGCUACCGGAACGUGUGGUUCCGCUUCGAGCCGUUUGAGGUGUCCACCAUCAUCCCAGUGUCCCUGCAGACGAUUUCCACCCUGAACCACAUGUUCCUCAACUCCUUCGAGUCCCAAAGGAACGCGGAGUUCCCGGCCUAUGAGAUCCAGGGCCCCUUCUGCGCCAUGAGUCAGCGGGUGCAGGUGCAGCAGUACGACAUCAUCGAGACCUGCUUGGGCUACGAGUGGUUUCAUAAUCACGAAUCACCCCUGAUCCGAGCAGCGCGUGGACUGGUCUUUCUGCGGGAGAUGAGUGUGCACGAGCUCCUGGCCGAGUCCAGGGCCUUGCGGCAACAAACCGAAAACAUUUCUUGAGUCGGGGCUGUCCUUCAUGUCCUU